AUGUUGAGAGAAAAUCUCAUUGUUGUGGGUUUCAUCACAGUCCUUGUUCUCAUCCACUUCACUCAACCAUGCUGGUGUAAACAGAAUCAUCCCUGUGACCCCUCUUCCUGCGGCAAUAUCCAUAACAUCAGUUACCCUUUCCGAUUGAAAGAUGAUCCCAAAAACUGUGGUAACCCCAAAUAUGAGCUUGCUUGUGAAAAUAAUGCUACAGUUUUAUACUUGGGUGACCAUAAACAUAAACGUAAAUACCUCGUUCAAUCUAUCAACUAUCCUAACCUCACAAUCCGCCUUGUUGAUUCUGCUGUACCAAAAAAGGAUAAUUGCUUCUUUCUUCCUCAGUAUUCUUUAACCGAAUACAACUUCAUUUACAAAGAUCCAUAUAGCACUUUUAACCAAUUUGACCAACAGAAAAACAAGCCUGUAACUUUUCUGAAUUGCCCAUAUCCAGUAGAUUCUCCUCCCUACCUGGAGAUAGGACAGUGCAUCAAUGGAGUUUAUACUACAAACUCCUCUUUCUCCUCCUCUUCCAGAAUACACUCUUAUGUCAUUGUUAGCGGCUUGAUGGCAGCAGAAGUGAGAGAGAGGUGCAGUAUAGAGCUAAUGGUGAUGACCUCGUGGGCGUUUAAGGAUAAUAAUAAUAUCUCUUUUUCAGACAUCUACGACGCCAUGGAAUAUGGGUUUGAGCUUUCAUGGUUCAAAACAGAGGUUUUAUUAUUGCUCCAUUCUUGGACUGUAUUUCGAUGGAUCCACCAAGUGCGGUAAGAAAUCGAAAAAUGAAAAUAUAUAUGUGUGUGUGUGUGUGCCUGAUUUCUCCUCACCUUUACCUGAUCAGUUUCUUUAUGGACUAAUGGGGUAAUUUUGGCUUAAUCUGUAGGAGAGUGUACUAUUGAGUGGAGGUAAUUUUGAAAGCAAUUAUGGACUAAUUAGGUAUUGAUAGAACUUCAAAAUCUAUUGGUUUUUUUUUUUUUUUUU